GGUCGUUGCCACCAGAACAAGGAGAACGCAAAAUCGACGCACACAGUCAGCAACACACCACCCAUCCUUUCCAACCAACCAAUCAACCAACCUCGUUUGCUCGCUCGCUCGCUUGUUUGGAAAGGCUGCCCACGGCAACGUCGGCCUUGGAUUGUUGAUAGUGGUGCCCGCUUUGCCACGGGGGUUGCUUUGCCCAGUGUCUCAUUCGUUCCUCUUCUUGUACUGAACCCAGGUUCUUUUUGUUUUGUUUGGUUGGGUCGUCUCUCUUUCCCCGAAUUGUUGCACGACAUUGCGCGGCCCCUCGCUGCACACUGUUUACAAAAGCCAGUCGCGCAGCAAACGUCUCUUUGAGCGAUGAUGCUGGCCCUUGCGCGGCGGCUGCUGCCGCACACAACGCGUGCCCAGACCAGUGCGGUGGUAACGGCGACGACACGCCUCAUCGCCAACACACCUAAACUGCUGGAGUCCAGAUCACAAGCAUCCCUGCAGGAGCUGCAUCGGUGUUUGUGUUCACAACGCCGUGCCCUCAGUUCCACUCGCGCUGCGGCGCUACCUGCGCUCUCAGCCAUCCGUGUGCCAGGAGCACGUGCUGCGUCGACGCCGGUCUUGUCUGGUGUUGGACAGCAGCAGCAGCGGCGCGGGAUGGCGUACACGAUAUCGGAGCUCGACCGGCUUUACGACGAGGCUGAGGCCGAGCCCCAGAACCCAGACAAGCAAUCCACCUUCCUUGCGGCGCUUGUUGAGCACGAGCCCGAGGAUGUGAUUCAGCGGUUUGAAUCCAAUCUGUACAGCAUGAACGAGGACUGCGUCAAGCACUACAUAUCUGCGCUUGUGCGCACGGGCCGACUGAAGAACAGAGACAUCUCGACCCUCCUCUCUGACCUAGACUCGCUCGUGCCAGGCAUCAUGCGCAAAGGUCAGACGUUCACCAUGAUGGCACCCCCGCACUCCCGCCAAUCCUCCGCCUCCUCCUCCUCGUCGUCGUCGUCGCGCGGCGGACGGGAUGCGUUUACGGGCGGGCGCGGUGACUCAAACGCCGGCGACUACGACAACCCAAUCCACGUCGUCAUGUCGGAGCCGAGCCUGAUGUCGCAGCUGUGGAAGUUUGUGCGCACGGUGAUUAUCAUCCUCCUCCUCCUCUCCGCCACAUCCCAGAUUCUCGAGGACAGAAACAUGGGUGGUGCAUUCAACCAGCACGAAGUGAAGCCCGAGAAGCCAGCCACGCCCGUCAAGUUUGACGACGUCCAGGGGGCGGACGAGGCGAAGCAGGAGCUGAUGAAUGUUGUUGAGUUCCUGAAAAAUCCAACCAAGUUCACCCGACUGGGCGGCAGACUGCCAAAGGGUGUGCUGCUCAUGGGGCCGCCGGGAACAGGGAAAACGCUGCUUGCACGCGCUGUUGCUGGCGAGGCAGGCGUUCCUUUCUUCUACAGCUCAGGGUCUGAGUUUGACGAGAUGUAUGUCGGCGUCGGCGCACGCCGUGUCCGCGACCUCUUUGCUGCUGCGAAGAAGCAUGCGCCGUGCAUUGUGUUUAUGGACGAGCUUGAUGCUGUUGGCGGGAAGCGCCAUGCAAAGGACCAGCAGUACCUCCGCAUGACCCUCAACCAGCUCCUUGUUGAGCUGGACGGGUUUGAGCCCAGCGACACGGUGGUUGUCAUUGGCGCCACCAACUUCCCCGACGCGCUUGACCCGGCGCUGGUGCGGCCGGGCCGCUUUGACACGCACGUGAAGGUGCCGCUGCCGGAUGUACGGGGGCGGCAGGCGAUUCUCAAGGCGCACGCGCGCAAGGUGAAGCUUGCCGACGAGGAGGACCUGUGGACCAUUGCACGCGGGACGGUUGGGUUCAGCGGCGCAGACCUUGCGAACAUCAUCAACCAGGCGGCGCUGGAGGCGUCGCGGCUGCAGGAGGAGGCCAUCUCGCUGGAGAUGCUUGAAUGGGCCAAGGACAAGAUCCUCAUGGGCGCCGAGCGCAAGACGGCGGUCAUCAUGGAGAAGGACAGGAAAAUCACCGCAUACCAUGAGGCCGGCCACGCGCUGUGUGCGCUGUACACGGAGGGGGCAGUGCCGCUGUACAAGGCGACAAUUGUGCCGCGCGGGAAUGCGCUGGGCAUGGUGACCCAGCUGCCGGAGGACGACACAAACUCCGUCACGCGCCAGGAGAUGAUGGCGCGAUUGGUCGUGUGCAUGGGCGGUCGCGCUGCCGAGGAAAAGGUCUUUGGCAAGAAGGAGGUCACAUCAGGUGCAUCAUCGGAUGUGUCGCAGGCCACGCAGCUUGCACGCGCAAUGGUCACCAAGUACGCAAUGAGCGACAAGGUUGGGCCGAUUAUGUUUGAGGAGGAUGAGAAGAUCAGCAGCGGAAUGCGCGAACUGAUUGAGGCCGAAGUCGUCGCCCUCUUGCAGGAGGCAAUGGCUGAGGCGAAGAGGAUACUGACGGUGCACGAGCGGGAGCACAACCGCCUGGCGUCUGCACUGCUCGAGUACGAGACGCUGACUGCCGAUGAGAUUCGGGGCGUGGUCAAGGGCAAGAAGAUGGAGUCAUUGCAGAAGAAGACCACCAGCAGCAGCGGCGGCGGCGGCGCUCGCAUUCCCGUUGCGGCGUCACCACAAUAGCAAGCCCUGCUGAUGGCACGCCAGCUUUGGCGUGGAUGUUGUUGUAGUGGCUGUUGUCAUGCCUGUUGUGAUGGUUGUUGCAGUAUCUGCGAGAUGUGUGGGCGUUACACGUGUGGCAGCGGCGCUUUGGAGGUGGAGGCGUGAGGGGGGGGGGCGAGCAAUGGUGGAACAACAACCACACACUGACUUGUUGACUGAAUCGAUUGAUUCUUGUAUGGGGAGUUGAACACAACCAAGGAAACAACACCAUGGUGCAACGGCA